UACACCGUUUCCUACCGUUUACUUCCCUGUCACUAGUUAGACAUGAAUGUAUUGUUAGUUUUCUAGGAGCCAUUUAAAAAAAGUGGGAGAAAGUGAAACAUGUCUCAGAACCACGUGUCAGGGAUGGAGACCUCCGCAGUCUCUGUCCUGAAACGGGCAGUGGAGUUGGACCAGAGCGGCCGCUUCCAGGAGUCUCUAGUGUGCUACCAGGAGGGUAUCCAGCUGCUCAUAGACGUGCUAAAAGCUGUGAAAGAUGACUCCAAGAGAGGGCACUACAGGGACAAGAUAAAGGGCUACAUGGACAGAGCAGAGCAAAUCAAAGUUCAUGUGAACCAGAUGAAAGAAGAUGGGAAGUACCAUGAGCAAAUAAGAAUAGUAGAGGAUGCCACUGGUCACAGCUAUGAGGCUAUGUUCAAACCGUACAUCAGCAGCGCACUCACAGAGGUCUGGGUGGAUGACCCAUACAUACGACACACUCACCAGUUGUACAACUUCCUGCGGUUCUGUGAGAUGCUGCUCAAAGCGUCCUGCAAAGUGAAAAGGAUCCAUCUCCUCACCUCACAGGAUGAACAGGCGGAUAGCAGCCAGCAGAGCAGCGCUCUGGCUGAGAUUAAAGAGAGUCUCAGAGCACAGGGAGUGACUCUGGAUCUGCAGUACUCCUCCACCAUCCAUGACAGGGAGAUCAGGUUUGACAAUGGCUGGAUCAUCAAGAUAGGAAGAGGGCUGGAUUACUUCAAGAGACCUAAAGGCAGAUUCUCCAUUGGUUAUUGUGACUAUGACCUCAGGCAGUGCCAGGAGACCACCGUAGACAUUUUUCACACAAAACACACAAAAACUCUAUGAGAUUCCCCUUUUUAUCUACCUUUUGUGACUUCAUUUACUUACCUGCCACAAACACACAUAUCUGCUGCUGCUGAAGUUGCCUUAACAUACAGGAAUAUGUGAUGACCAUUGUAACAAUAAUAGAACUGACCAAUUUCAGUUACAGUUUUUACAAUUUUACAGUGUGCCUUUAGUCAUACUGGUAUGUCUUUAA